AUGUUAGCCAGGCGAGCCGAGAGUAUGCGUAAUUAUUGGACGAAGCAAACAGAGAAGUGCGAGCGGCGCGCGCCCGAACUCCGGGAAAAGAAGUUGGAAAGAAGGAUGCUUAAACACUUACAUGAUAAUGACAAUCUUACAGUCUUAGAGCAAGCCAAGCUGGACGAGAAAAACUCACAAAUAAUUAAUAAACACACCAUAGAAAAUAUGAACCGAAUUCUAGAAGAACAAAACCAAGCUACGGCACGCUUCGCCGCAGUAACAGACAGCCAUACAAAAAUAUGUAUAUGCUACAAUGAAAUCACAAAUAUUUUACAAAAAGAUCAAGGACUUUCUAAGGCAGUCUGUGAAAAACACAUUCCAUCAAUUAAUUCUGUGAUAGGGAACAUCAGUGCAAUAAUGGACCUAUGCAAAACAGGGGCCCUCACAGACAAAAAUGUGAAACAGGCUGAAGUUUUAGCGCUAAAUAUAGACAACAUUAGGAAGAAAAUGCUAGAAGAAUUAGAAGAAAUCAAAAAACAGGAGUUAGUCAAGAAGCAACAGGAAGAGGCAAAGCAGCAAGAGAUGUUACGGCAGAAGCAGGCGGAAGAAAAAAGAGCACAAGCGGCUAGGGCAGCAGAGGUUGCUCAAAUUGAGAAAAGUUUAACAGAGCAACCCAAAAAAUCACAACCAAUGUUUUAUUCUCAAACCAACUACAAUUACUUCCAAGAAUUAAAAAGCUUUUUAGAUCAAUAUGAAAACCAAUAUAAAGAUUUGCUUCAAAAUGUACAUAUGAAAAAGUUCCUAUUUGACUGCCAGAAAGCUGUAAACACUCCAGUCAAUGCCAUAUCUUCUGUUAGUGGAAUGCACAUGAAAGAUAAAUAUGACAAACUUGCUAAGCUUCUGAGAGGUGAGCAAGUGCAAGUUCUAGAUACUUACGUCACAGCAACGCAGCAUCCGCAGGGACUUUAUUACUGUACAGCAUUGUUAGCUAAAAAGAUAGUGAGACAAGGAGACUUGCUAGUUUCUAGUAAUCCAGAGGCAGCCUUCCCUUUGGCUGCAGUCACUGCAGCCCUCUGGUCGCAGUUUCCAGAGUUUGGCAAGCUCUUAGAGGCCUACUUCCGUAGGUUAUGCCCAUACUUGGUGCCAAUGUUUUUACCUCAAAAGGAAGGACAAACAGACAAAGAUUUUUACCUGUCUAGAGGCUACACCUACAAUGAUUAAGGUGUAGUAGAAAAGCAAGAUAAAUUCUUAAAGAGAAUGUCUGGAAUAUUUAAGUUGAGAUGUGUAAUUUGGAUUGCUAAAACACCUAGAUUUGUGAAUGCUCCCAAUCCUCAUGGCCCUCGAUUUGGUUAGCAAUGGCUGGCUUCCUUUGUCAACCUAAAACCUGAACCAGACAUAUCUGCAACUUUAAUCCAUGAUUUCUUCAAUGUCUGUGGUGCCGAAUUUCAUAAGCUGUACGGGAAGCAAUUUGUGAAAGUAAUAAGACUGAUUAGCUCAGAAUAUCUGGCAAUACUAGAGAAUAUAGACGAAGGAGGCCCAAAGACCAGAUUGGAAGUCUUACAAGAAGUAUUAAAGACAGGAGUCAUGCAGCCCCCUACUGGUGUUUUACCACCCAAUACCUGGUAGCUAGCUCAUAAGAAUAAUGUGUUAGUGACUAUUUAUUUUCAUAAUUUACUUUGCCAUUAUCAAAAAAAUGUAACAUCCCUUUGUUAGUAAAAAUAAGUUUAUGGAUUGGAUUGUUAAGCGAUACCUAGACUGGCAAUAACUUGCAUGCAAUUUACGUUACAGU